GUUGUAUUUUGAUAUUCGGAAUAUCGGAAGGAAAGCACAUAGAAUAAUCCUGGCUAGAGGAACAUUUAUCGCCACCCAAUUCGUAUUUUUCUGGGUAUAUAACUUUCUGAGAAGAUUGCAAUUUCCUGCGCUCGCUUUUCCCUUCUUUCUUCGUUUGACUGUCGCGAGAGUCGGCGACGCCGGAUUUCUCGUCUUAUCGAGCGAUCGACGAGACGCGUCCCAUGGAUGUCGGAGAGUGUAAGAAAACAGGUAAAUAGAUUCCCGAGGAUAUCGAGAGAGACACGAUCGAGAAAGAAAACAAUUCGAUGAAGACGUUGCCCCAGGCGACUGUCGCGGCCGCCUGGCUCAUCGAAAUAAAACGUCGAUUCACGUUCUGGGACCAGUGUCGCCACGUAUGUCCUACGUAUACCUAUAAAAGUACCGUCAUCGGUGUGCCGGAUCUGGAAACAGUUGACCGCGGUUAUUCGAGCGAACAUGAUCGAGAUUAUUGCCUUGUUUAUUGGAGUCAUUGGAACUUUAGCGGUUCCUGGAAUGCCUGAAGCGUCUGGAUUGCCUGGAACUCAUUACAUCUCGGCAGAUAUUACGGAAGACGUGGAAAUGGUCUCUUUACCAGGCUCGGAAAAUCUAGACGAAAAAAGCAUACCCUUGUCAAAACUGGCUGGCGAUCACUCUUUUCCAUUGGCGGGUCUAAACUUGCUGGAAACGACUCCUACUGAAAUAGUUGUCAAACUUCCUGGGACAAAAAAUCUCGCCGAGAAGCGUAUUCCUGAUCCGGUCUUGCAAAAGUUAUAUCAACGGUAUCAAGUUGAUUAACCAGUUUUUGGACGACGUGAUUUCAGAGAAAUUGUCGAAUUGUGAAAGAAGACUUAGAGCUGAUCGUCGAUUAAACGAUGCAGCAAAUUCGGUUUAAUGGAGCGAUUUAUAAGUUAGAAUGAAAAUUAAAUGUAACAAGUAGUAUAUUACAAUGAUACACAGGAUACUUAUGUUCUGUGAUAAUAGCUGUUGAUUUUCGUUUUUAUCUUGGACGGAUAACAACGAACUCUACCUUAUUCAAAGAACCACGUUCAAGAGUCACAUUCUGUAAUACCGACUUUGACGAAUCAACGCUUCUUACGCUCUCUCUGUAGGUAUUCGUGUAUCUCGUGAUGAAACUGACCGUAAAGUCGAUAACAUAGAUCACGGAUAGCUUUGUAGUCUCGUUGAAAGAUGGUAUCAUCGGUACAUUCGCAAGUGGCAUAUCGAAAAAUUGAUCGUGGCUAAAUUUUUCGCACGAAACGCGGCGACUCUUUUUACUCCGUCGUGAGAAGUUAUUCGCGGAAUGGAACGAAAGAGGGUUGUUCUCUAUCUCGUUUUAAAACGUCCUCUCCACGUUAAUUCGUUUUCAGAGGUGGAUUGUCACACGCCGGGUUAACGGAGUUGUCGGUUCAUUGAAGAAAAAGGGAGGCCGGUUGUAGGGGGUAGGGUGGAGCGAGGAGGAGGAAGAAGGAAGGGGAUUAAUUCGUCUUGAACAAGAUCCCUUUGUACCUGGAUCCUUUCUCUUUGUCGCGAGGUUUGCUAACAGCGGUAAAUUCGCGAGGAAAAGCAGGGAGUGUUGAAAAGAAACAACGAAAACAAAAGAAAGA